CAAAAUGUCCAAACUCGAUCUCGACUCCAAGGCCAAACAAGCCUUCGAUGAUGUGAGCAAUUCCAAACUCACCUAUGCCUUGUUGAAACACGAAGGUACCUCCAACAAGGUUAUUGUUGCCUCCACCGGUGAUGAUAUUUUGGAUUUAAUUGACGACUUGAAUGAUGGUACAAUCAUGUAUGCCUUGAUUCGUUUCGUCAUUAACGAUGCUACCAAAUUUGUCUAUGUGGGUUGGUGUCCUGAAGGUAUUGCUAAUCAAAUCUUCAAAGGAAAGUUCCAAAACUGGAACAAGGAUAUGGAAUUCUAUUUGAAGGGAAGAUACCACUUGUCAGUUUAUGCUCGUAACGAAGAAGAUAUUGAUCAAGCUUCUUGGAUUAAGAAACUCAAAGUUGGUGCUGGUUCUUCCUACACACAAAGUUCAAAUGCCAAGGAUUUGACAAUUUCACAAGCCAAGCAAAAUAUUGCAUCAUCAAAGACCGAUGUUAAAAAGACUGAAGUUGCGAUUGAUGACAGUGAAAGAAACAAAUUCUGGGAAAAACAACAAGAAGAACUCAAGAAACAAGAAGAAAAGAAGAAGCUCCCACCACCAAGAUCUGACUAUAAAAAGACAGAUGAAAGAAAUCAAUUCUGGCAAGGUCAAAGUACCUCCACAACUAGUGGAUCCACUGUUGUGAAGAGUAGUGAUCGUAUUAGUGAAAUUCAACAAAUCAAGAAUAAUAGUAAUCAAUUUUGGCAAAAGCAACAAGAACAACCAGUUCCAGAAUCUGACAACAAACCAAAGGAAGUUGUUCGUGGAAACAAGGAUUUGUUCAAAAAGUUCGAAAGCAUGAGUGUUAAAACUGAAGAAUCAAAACCUGUUGCCAGACAACCAAUUUCAACUGGUGCUGCCAAGAAGCCAGUUUUCCAACCAAAGCACGAAGAACCAGUUUAUGAGGAACCACAACAUCAUUAUGAAGAACCAGUUCAAGAAGAAUCUCACUAUGAACACUAUGAAGAACCACAACAAGAAGAAUCUCACUAUGAGGAGCCACCACAACAAACUUAUCAUCAACCAAGAGUUCCACCUCCAUUCCAUCAACCACGUUAUGAUUCCGAAGAAGAAGAAGAGCCAGAACAAGAACCAGAACCUGUUCAAGAACCAGUUAACAAUAAGCCAUCUAAACCAAAAGGAUAUUUGGAAAGACAAGUUGAACAAGGAAAUAUUUCUCCAUCUCAAGCUGAAGAAAUUAUUGCAAAGCCAACCAAACUUCCACCUCCUCCAGUUCCAACCAAACCAAAGUAUCCUGAAUUGGUUGCUGUUUUUGAUUUUGAAGGUCAAGAUGGUGAAGAACUUUCAUUCGCUGAAGGUGAUACCCUCUAUCUCGUUCAAGAUGAAGGUGAAUGGUGGUUAGCUGAAGAUACCAAUGGUCAACAAGGUUACAUUCCUUCAAACUAUGUUGAAUAUAAAGAAUAGUAAUUGUAAUAAUAAAAAACUCUUGUAAAUUAUUUAUUUUU